UGGUCCUAACUUCUAUUUCCUUCUCCUAUUCUCAGAGACUCUCAUUUACGAACGAUAAACAUUUAUUUUAAAUGAUUUUUCAUGGAGAUGUUCAGUAUGAGCAGAGGCGUAGGAGGCAAGUAAAAGUUAGGGAGACGCUUUUUUUGCAAAAAUGGGCACUUGAGUUGUAAAAAAGAGCAAUAUGCUACCCAAAAAUCCAAUGUUUGUUCUUUGCCGUGUUGCGACGCACUUGCAUCUUACAAAAGUUGUUGACAAAGCGAAAAAUUCAAGUGCAAAUUUAUACAAACCUUGUAUUGACCGGAUGCAAACCAUUCAGACCGGAUGUGACAUAAUGUAGUAUCCACCCCAAAAUACGCAUAACUAUUUAUGACUUUCAGACUUCACUCUUUAUGAAUUCAGAUUGACAAUGAUCAACGACACACAUGUAGUAUAUUAUAUUGUGCUUCAGUGUGUGCAUGGUCCUCGUGUACAUAAAAUACGUUUCUUGUGUACGACUUGCAGUUUUGGAGUUUCUGGAUGUUUUACUAAUGUAUUUAUGGAUUAAAACAUUGUUUAUAUACAAGUCACGAUCUAUUAAAUUAGUUUAGUUAGAUUGAUCAAUUGUAUUAACGGCUGGUGCUCUUCUUGAAACUUUCUCAUAUUAUCGCAUUGGAUUGCUUGUCAAUAAUGGUGUUUGUUUGCUCAAAAUCAAGAUGUUAUGGAGUAAUUUUCUUUCUAAUAAUGUCCAUAAUCGUUGGAGUAUUCUCGCAAACUCUACCAAACAUUUUCACAAAGGAAACUGGAACUCAACAUGUCUUUAAUUGUGGUGUAACCUUGACUGACAACAAAACUGUGAAAUUUACUUGUAACAGAAGGGAAAUAAUUCCUAGCGACAGAAUCAAAGUCAACGGAACAUUUCUCAUCAUGUCUGAUUUAAAAGUGUUGGAUGGUGGGCAAUAUUCAUGUAUUUUUGAUCAAAAUGGUAAAGAGACAACUAUUAAUUUGGGUUAUCUUAUCGUCCGACCAGCAAAAAAAUAUGAAUUUACGAUUUAUCCAAAAGAUGUGACCAGUAGAGUUACUGAAGGUUCAAACUUUGAAUUUUGUUGUGAGUAUGGAAAAGGUUCAACAAAAAUUAAAUGGUACAGACGACGAAGACUAAAUGGUACAGAAGUUGAGGAUUAUGUUCCUGAAAAUCUUAUUACUGUUAGAACAACUCCUCAAAAAAGUGUUGAAGUGUAUCACAUUCCAACAGUGUCUAUAAACGAUGCAGGUGUUUACAGUUGUGAAGUUGCUGGAAAAAAUAACAGGAAAAUUUUAUCCGAUAUACGCAUUCUAGAAGUCAUAGAAAGAAGAGCUGCCAAAUUUAAAUCUGUGAUAAAUUUUUUUCAUUUUAAUGAAGCAGAUAAAGCUGAGAUAACGCUUUAUGUUGAGGAAUAUCCAUUUCCAAAAAUCACUUGUUAUAAAGAUAGCAAAGAAAUUAUAUUUUGUAUUGGAAAGAAAAUGAAAGGUUCUCCAAAUUUUGAUAUAUUGGCCUGCGAACAGGAUCAAUAUGGAUUAAAUGGUGUCCCUCAGUUGAUUAUUGAAUCAAUUUCUUUUGUGAGAGAUGAUGGAAACUACACAUGUGUUGCCACUACCAACAAUCCUCCUGGGAGGGACGUUGUUUCAUUUUACGUCAAUGUUGAAGUGCCACCAUCCAUCAGCAGAGGAAACAGUAAAUAUUUCACAGCACGACACAACACUGAAGGCGAGAUUAAAUGCAUGAUAAGAUGGUCUAAUCCAAGACCCAAUAUAACUUGGUAUCAACAGAUUGUUAUCAACAGUAGUAAACCUGUUUCAAAUAACUGGAUCCCUUCACAGUAUAAGUCUUCGUUUGAAAAAGGAAAAAACAAAGGACAAUAUGAAAUUAUUUUGAAGAUACCGUGGUCUGAGGAUGAUGCCUCAAUGUUGUUCAGAUGUGUUGCUCAAAACAUUCAUGGAAAUGACAGUAGAAUUUUUAGGUUUCUGCGAUUUGGAGAUAACUUUGAUCCGUUUAAAGUCUUUCCUUCUGGGGAAGUAAUUUUAAAUGAAAACGAGGACUUUAUGGUAAUUUGCAGAGUAGAUGUUUCGAUUCGUGAUAAUAUUGCGUUUUACAAAGAAAAUCCUCGUCGUGAAGUGAUAAAUAAUGAAAGAACAAACAUCACCAUAAGUAGAAAUCCUCAAUAUCGUAAUGUUACAAUGAAAAUACGAAAUAUCAACAUCAAUGAUUCUGGAACUUACAGAUGUAGUGAAAAAAAUGCUCUCAGUAAUGAAUAUGCUGCUGUAACGUUGAAUGUACGAGGAAUAUAUCCUCCUGUAAUUUAUCAGAUGAAAGACACUACGGUGAAUAAGGAUAAAGAUAAAGACGCAGAGUUGAUUUGUAAUGUGUCAGGUAAUCCUCGACCCAAAGUAACAUGGUCAAGAAAUGGUGAAGAAAUUGGUCGUGUUAUAAUCACAAAUUGUAAAACCCAAGUUCCUAACUAUUACUUGAAGAAUGAUGGAACAACUCUUAUUAUUUGUGGCGUUGAUAUUUCACAUUCGGGAAAUUACACAUACUUUGCAAAAAAACAGUUAGGAAACGUCACAGCAACUGUUUAUCUUAAUGUUACUGGUAAACCAAAGAUCGACGAACCAUCAACUUUAAGAGAUGAAAGUCUUUUUGCCAAUGAAAAGAAAACGUUUAGUUGUGUGGCUAGCGGUAAUCCUAUACCUUGGGUACAAUGGAUUUCUAUCGAUAGUGAUGUGAAGCUCACAGCUAUAGCAAAGAAGGAAAUAGUUAUGACAGUUGAAAAAAUGAAUAAAUCUUACAUCGGAAAUUAUUCUUGUAAGGCAUGGAACUCGUUUGGUAUUACAGAGAAACGUUUGUUGUCACUAAGACUUCGACCUCAAGAUCCUACACCUACGAUCCAAAACGACGAUGGUACAUCACCAGGAACCAUUGCAGGGAUAGUUAUUGGUGUUUCCAUAGUCAUCAUAUUAAUUAUCAUCAUUGUUCUCUAUUGAAAACAAAAACAAAAAUUAUCAUUCUACAAACAUCAGUAUUUUCUACGUACUGGAAAUUAUUCAAUUGACCCCAGUAUAACGCUUAAUGAGCAAAGUAUGAAUUUACCGUACGACUCUGAUUGGGAAUUUCCUUUUGAAAGACUCGUUAUGGGUGAUCGUCUUGGUGCAGGAGCCUUUGGAGAAGUUUACAAAGCUGAAGCAAUGGGAAUUUUAGCUUUAAAUCCCCGCGAUAAAAGCAGCAUUGCUCGUAAGAGAAGAUCGAAAAUACGUCGUACUUUAAGGGCAAGUCAAAGACCUAAAAAGAAAGACCAUUUACAGCCUAAUUCAACCAAUGCUAUUGUUGCUGUAAAAACUGUUAAAGCUCAUGCAACAGAAUGUGAAAUACAUGAUAUAGCAGACGAACUGAAACUAAUGAUUCACAUUGGUGAAAAUAAAAAUAUCGUUAAUUUACUCGGCGCUUGUACGAAGGGACGGCAACUUUAUGUAAUCUUAGAAUUUUGUCCUCAUGGAAAUUUGCUGACAUUUUUAAGAUCCAAAAGAUCUUUCUAUGAAAGCACCUGGGAAAAGAAAAUUUAUGAUCCAGAGAAAGAGUUUACUUUAAUUGAUAUUGUUGGUGCUGCUUUUCAAAUUGCCAAAGGAAUGGAGUUUCUUGCUUCACGAAAGUUAAUACAUCGUGAUCUUGCUGCCCGUAACAUUCUUGUUGCUGAAGAAUACGUCAUGAAAAUAUCAGAUUUUGGUCUGGCACGAGAUAUAUAUAAAAGCGAUGUUUAUGUGAAGACAUCCAGUGGUAUGUUACCUGUAAAAUGGAUGGCUGUAGAAUCUUUAUUUGAUCGCGUAUAUACUCAUCAAAGUGAUGUUUGGUCGUUCGGUGUUUUACUGUGGGAAAUGAUGACUCUUGGAGGUACGCCUUAUCCCGAUCUACCAGCUGAACAAUUGCUGGAUUUUUUAAACCAAGAAAAACGUAUGCCACAGCCCAAUAAAUGUCCAUUGGAAAUCUAUACAAUCAUGAGAGAUUGUUGGCAGGAACAACCACAAAAUAGACCAACAUUUUCCAAUUUGGUAGAGCAUUUUGGAAGAAUAUUGGAACGACAUAUGGAAAAGACGAAUCCAUAUUUACACAUUGAAGCAAGUGCUGAGGAGAUUGAGGCGGCAAGGGAGAAAGAUGAAUUAUUGAAAAAAAAAUCUGAUUAUUACUUACAACCAUUGCUCAUUUCCAAUAAAUUACAUGGCUAUGACUCCAAUGCACCAUUACCCACCCCUCCCACAGAUGCAUACACGGCACCUACAGCUCCUUUACCUGAAGUUGCUGUUGAACCAUCAACACAGAAAUUAAAAGAUGCUGGUUCUUACGAAAGGCUAGCAGAAGAUACCUCUCCACGAAAAGGAGCAUCUUAUAAGAAUGAAGACGCAAUAAGAUUAGAAAAUAUGACAGCGACAAAUCACAACGACACUAAAGAUGUUCAACAGCCUGAGAAGAUAGAGUCCAUUGUUUGAAGCAUAUUGUUUACAUUAUUUUGUGAAUUGGAAACGAAGAUACGUAGGAACUGCCAAUUGAAGAAUUUUAAGAAUUGCAAAAUAUCACCUUCUUAUAUUUUGUUGAAAAUCAACAAUUUGGUAAACUUUCUGAAAUCGUUAAUACCACAGGUGAAGGAAAGCUAAGUUAUUUGGACGGACUUACCUUUCUUAAAACCCAUGUAAAUGUCAAACUUACAUGGUUGGCACAAUGCAAGUUUCUACACCAUGGUCAACAACAUGUAAGUCUCCACACCAUGGUUAGCAACAUGUAAGUCUCCACACCAUGGUUAGCAACAUGAAAGUCUCCACACCAUGGGAAAACAGCAUUUUACACAUUGUUUGUUUCAAAUAGUUAUAAGCCAAUUUAAACUGAUUUCACCAAUGUAGUAUAAGGAGCAACCCCUAUAAAAUUUAUGUGUUGUGAUAAUUAUAGUUUAGAAAUCAUUAA